AUGACCAAAUUCCGCCCUUGUAUAGACCUCCACGCAGGCAGCGUAAAACAAAUCGUCGGCGGCACAUUGACAACCACCGACUCAGAGCUCAAAACAAACUUUACAUCCAAGUUGCCCUCAUCGUACUAUGCAAAACUUUACAAAGACAAUGCAUUGGAAGGUGCGCAUGUGAUUAUGUUGGGACCUGGCAAUGAGGAUGCUUGCAGAGAGGCUUGUGAAGCUUGGCCUGGGCAUUUGCAGGUUGGUGGCGGCAUCAAGGAUGAGAAUGCUAGGGAGUGGAUUGAGAAGGGUGCUAGUAAGCGACUUACAAAGGUCAUCAUUACAUCCUUCCUCUUUCCUUCUGGCAAAUUCUCUCUGGAACGUCUGCAAUCAGUACUCAAGGCUCUGGAUAACGACACCUCGAAACUCGUCAUCGAUCUGAGUUGCCGUCGUAAGGGAGACACAUGGUUCGUUGCCAUGAACAAAUGGCAAGACCUCACUGAUAUGGAAUUGACCGCUGAAUCAAUCUCCCUUCUCCAACCGUACUGCUCAGAAUUCCUGAUUCAUGCAGCCGACAACGAAGGUCUUCAACAAGGCAUCGACGAGGAGCUGGUCCGCAAACUCUCUGCUUGGUCUGCUAUCCCUGUCACCUACGCAGGAGGUGGUCGCAAUCUACAAGACUUGGAGUUGGUUGAGAGCUUGAGUGGUGGAAAGGUAGAUUUGACUAUUGGGAGUGCAUUGGAUGUAUUUGGCGGUAAUGGAGUCAAGUUUGAUGAGUGUUGCGAGUGGAACAAAUCAAGGGAGUAA